AGUUUUCUUCUCCAUUGUUCCUUUCAAUCUCCAUCACUGUAAACCUCAAAAGCAGCUCAAAAUCACAGUGUUCCAUCACAGAGGGAAAGUCACACUGUAGGAAAAAUGACAGAGGCAAUGAUAAGGAAGAAAGCCGGAAUGGCUAGCGUGAAAGACAUGCCCUUAUUGCAAGACGGUCCACCACCAGGCGGUUUUGCACCGGUUCGAUUCGCUCGCCGGAUCCCUAACACUGGUCCAAGUGCUAUGGCUAUUUUCCUUACUGCUUUUGGUGUUUUCUCUUGGGGUAUGUACCAAGUCGGCGUAGGAAAUAAGAAGCGAAGGGUGAUAAAGGAAGAAAAAUAUGCUGCCCGAAGGGCUAUCUUGCCCAUGCUUCAAGCUGAAGAAGAUGAAAGAUUUGUUAAAGAGUGGAAGAAGUAUCUUGAAGAAGAGGCGAGAAUCAUGAAGGAUGUUCCCGGUUGGAAAGUUGGUGAAAGUGUUUACAACUCUGGGAAAUGGAUGCCACCAGCAACUGGAGAGCUUCGUCCUGAUGUCUGGUAAGAUGCUGGUAAAGCUUCCAGGACAUGCAGCACGAAAAACUGGUUCAUGUCAGUGGAGUUCAUACUUUCCUUUGGAUUUCUUUCCUCAUUGGAAUAAAAUUGUAUUUGCAAAAUCUGUGCGACAUGUUUAAGAUGAUGUUACAGGAUUUGCUUUAACGCUAUUAGCAUUCUCCCUCCUAUCUGCAUUACGAGUUGGGAUUAUAAGAGACAAUGCAAGUUCAUGUUCUCUAAUAGUUGAUUCAGAUCGUUUUAAUGAAUAGACGUCCUUGUCUCCAAUAUUUCAAUCA